CAGAUUAGGCUUACCCCGCCCGAUAUGGAUAUGCUCUAUCCAUUGGUUUUCAAUAAGAAUACCUUAUCUGCUCUUUAGGGGAUGCCGUCGGUCGAGUUGUCUGCUCUUUAGGGGCUCUUUGUUUUUCGCCGAGGAAGUAUUGACAGGUCAAGGUGCACGAGAUUAGCUCAGUGGGUUGGCCUUAUAAAUAGAAGCACGGUGCAAGGCAUCCGCACAACCCCACGCCACCUCAACAAGAGCCUGUCUUGGUAGGCCAAGAGCAUGUGAAUGUAUCUCAGCUUUUCAUUUUGUUUUUGAGAGUAUGUUCUGUGUCUUGUCAAAAUGGAUAGCGCACGUACAGAUUACAACGAUAGGCAGUCAAAUGCUAUCCUUCACAACAUCCUCAAUCGAGAAAAUUCCAAGUCAAGCCACAACAGCCUGAACUACAACUUGAUACCUCAUAGAUGCAACUGCGAGAUACGCCGGGCAGUGUGCUUGAAAAGUCCAGCAGACAUUUGCCAAGAGGCAUCGGGAGUGCUGGUGAAAACCAUUCACUUUAUGAAGAACUUACCUGCUUUCAACCAACUCCCACCGAACGAUCAACUAUCGCUCCUCCAAAGUUCCUGGGCGCCACUCUUUAUUUUGGGUCUGGCCCAGGAAGGCGUGAACUUUGACGUCAUCGACACCCCUGCCGAUAGCAUGCUGAAAAGAAUCCUCUUGAAUUCUCAAGAGAGCUCGGAGACGGAAAGAGAGCAGCCCACAUUGGCUGGUGUGAACAAACUCAAGUCAUGCCUCAAAAAGUUCUGGAGUCUGGAUUUAAGUCCAAAGGAGUACGCAUACCUCAAGGGCACCAUGAUAUUUAACCCAGAUGUGAAAGACCUAAAGGCAGCUCUAUUCGUGGAGGGCUUACAGCAGGAGGCUCAGCAUGCUCUGAGGGAGGUGGUCCAAUCACUCCACCCUGGGGACCGGAGCCGCUUCGCUCGUAUCCUGCUCGCGGCCUCCAUGCUCAAGACCAUCACACACAGCCUCAUCACCGAGCUCUUCUUCCGUCCUGUCAUUGGCCAAGCAGAUCUACUGGACUUCCUGGUCGAUAUGCUCUUCAGCAGGACCUGAGCCCUAGGACCAUACGUCGGGACUACCGGCCGUGGUGACUCCUUGCUGCCCCCAGUCCGCCUGGCCUUGCUGCUAUUCCAGUUUCAACUCUUCUGUCUGCGGUUAUGGAACCCCUACCUGUCCCAGACCUGCUGUUUUCAACUCUUAAUGAUCGGCUAUGAAAAGCCAACUGAGAUUUAUUCCUGAUUAUUAUUUGACCAUGCUUGUCAUUUAUGAACAUUUUGAAAAUCUUGGCUCUCUCUAAUUUUCUCCUUCUCUCUUUCUUUCUCUCGGAGGACCUGGGCCCUAGGACCAUGCGUCGGGACUGCCGCCCGUGGUGACUCCUUGCUGUCCCCAGUCCGCCUGGCCUUGCUGCUAUUCCAGUUUCAGCUGUUCUGCCUGCGGUUAUGGAACCGCCACCUGUCCCAGACCUGUUGUUUUUCAACUCUUAAUGAUCAGCUAUGAAAAGCCAACUGAAAAUUAUUCAUGAUUAUUAUUUGACCAUGCUUGUCACUUAUGAACAUUUUUGAACAUCUUGGCAUAGUUCUGUUAUAAUCUCCACCCGGCACAGCCAGAAGAGGACUGGCCACCCCUCAUAGCCUGGUUCCUCUCUAGGUUUCUUCCUAGGUUUUGGCCUUUCUAGGGAGUUUUUCCUAGCCACCGUGCUUCUACACCUGCAUUCUAGCUGUUUGGGGUUUUAGGCUGGGUUUCUGUACAGCACUUCGAGAUAUUAUCUGAUGUACGAAGGGCUAUAUAAAAUAAAAUUGAUUGAUUGAUUGAUUGACAUCAAUGUAUGAUUUUAUACAAAGUUAAGUUCAUGUAGCUUCCUGAGACCUACACAUAAAAUCACCCCAGGCUCAGAAAACACCUUGCUUCACUGGAACAGUGGAAUUUCCAUGCAAUCACACGUGUGGAUCUCAAAUUCAGAUUUCACCCUGAAAAACAGAGUUUGAAAUAGCCCAUUCCCCCAUACACAAUCUUUCCAGAUCCUUAAUAUCGUCGUCUGUGCUUAUGGACUGUCCUCUUCAAUUCAAACUACAAGUUUUUAAUGGGUUUGAAGUCCGGGGACUGAGACAGCCAUUGCAAAAUGUUGAUUUUGUGGUCAAUUAAUAAUUUCUUUGUGGA